CUCCAAAGGAAGAAGUAAUUUCGCGCAAUUUUUAACCUGAUAAAAUGUAAUUCUGCUUGGCGUCAGGUUUCAUUUUGUGCCUUUACUAUUUUCUUUUUGUUUCAGUGAAACAUUGAAAAUUCAAUCUGAUUAAAAAAAAAAAAAAGUAGUCGCUCGUUGAAGAUGAGUGAAAUGGACGAUAAAGAUGCGUACACACAGAGGCUGAAAGCAGCUGUCCACUACACGGUCGGGAAAAUUUGCCAGAGCACAGCAACAGAGUGCGAGAAACAGAUAAGCAAGCAAGCGGUGGCCGCAAUUGCUGAAACUACUUUCAGACAGUGUGAGAUAUUUGCAAAAGAUCUGGAGGCAUUUGCAAGACAUGCCAAAAGACAAACAAUCACUGUGGAUGAUGUGAAACUUCUAGCAAGGAGGAGCACAGCACUAUCCAGCCACAUGCAGCAAAAGAUUGAAGAACUGGCAGUGACCAACCAGGAGUUGAAGGAAAAGAGGAAGAAGAAUGCUGCUAAGAGAAAGAGUAAAGAGAUGGAGGGAAAUGAGGUAGAGGAGACUGAGAACUAACUUAAACAUAACCUCUACCUGCUACUGUGGAUAAGAAGUGCACCGAUAUUAAUAAAGGGGGAACCCUGCUCUGAAACGUUACAAGAAGUGUAUCAAUUAAAUACACAAAGCCAUGCAUCAAGAAUGUGUUUUAUUGUAAUAUAGAUGAAAAACAUUUUCCCUGCCUGUGAAUGUAAGAAAUUGUGACUGUAUAAAAUAAAGAUUUAAUUGGUGAGACAUUU